CCGCUCGCCGAGCCGCGUCGCGCGUCAUCACUGCGCGGCCGGGUCCUGCGUUUCGGGCCGCGGACUGUGGUGUCAUGGCACAGGCAGCCAGCCCCCCGGAGGUGAUCCGCGCGGCGCAGAAAGACGAGUACUACGGCGGUGGGCUGCGGAGCGCGGCGGGCGGCGCCCUGCACAGCCUGGCAGGUGCAAAGAAAUGGCUGGAGUGGAGGAAAGAGAUUGAGCUGCUCUCAGAUGUAGCCUACUUUGGCCUCACCACCCUGGCAGGCUACCAGACGCUUGGGGAGGAAUACGUGGGUCUUGUCCAGGUGGACCCCUCAAGGCAGCGCGUGCCCUCCAGGCUCCGCCGCAGCAUGCUGGUGGCGCUCCAUGUGGUCCUGCCCUACGUGUUGGACAAGGCCCUGCUGCCACUGGAGCAGGAACUGCAGGCCGACAAUGAUGGAGCCCGGGCCUCGCAGAGCAGCCUGGCACCCAGUGGGCGCAGCCAGUCAAGAGCAAGGCGCUGGGUGCGUCGCCACACAGCCACCCUGACUGAGCAGCAGAGGAAGGCACUGCAGCAGAUGACCUUUGUCCUCAGGCAGGGAAUCGCCUGCUUGCACCGGCUGCAUGUCGCCUGGUUUUACAUCCACGGUGUCUUUUAUCACCUGGCCAAGCGGCUCUCGGGGAUCACUUACCUCCACAUCCGCCACAUGCCCAGAGAGGACCUGAAGGUGCGCGCCAGCUACCAGCUGCUAGGACUGGUCUCCCUGCUGCACCUGGCGCUCUCCCUGGCCCUGCAGCUGUACGGCUUCCGGCAGAGGCAGCGCGCCCGCAAGGAAUGGCGGCUGCACCGCAACCUGUCUCACCGCAGGAGCUCUGUGGAGGACCGGGCAGCGUCCAGAGCCCCACUGUGUACCCUGUGCCUGGAGGAGCGCCGGCACUCGACGGCCACGCCGUGCGGCCACCUCUUCUGCUGGGAGUGUAUCACCGAGUGGUGCAAUACCAAGACGGAGUGUCCCCUCUGCAGGGAGAAGUUCCCUCCCCAGAAGCUCGUCUACCUGCGGCACUACCGCUGAGCCACACCAGGGUCUUCAGGAAAUGGCUGGAGAAACAAGCCUGGAGCAGUUGUCCUCGAGAUUAACUAGUUGCACAGAAAUUGUAAAAUCCUCACAUUUAUCACACAAGCUGCUAUGCUAACUCCUGGGCAGAGGACACUAGCAAGGCCCUGGCCCAGAGCCUUUAGUACCGUGCUGUGAUAGUGGCCCUAGACCCCGGUGGGCAGCACAGCACCCAACCCUCCCUCCCCCCCAACCACAGAGCUGAGAACGAGGUACAGAAGUUGGCCAGAAAGUUUUAUUCACUGUCGAAGAGGAUGCUCACACUGGGCUGUGCAGAGGCGGGCAAGGAGGGCCCAGCCAGUGUGGUCACAGGCCUCACGGGCCUGCACACCAGUCCGCAGCUCAGCACCUCUGAGAUGUUUGGCACACACUUCAGUCCAUGUUCCCUGCUUCCUGUUUUAAGGGAACAGGAGUUGUCUCUGCCUCGAACAGGGAGGGGCCGCCGCCUCCUCGGCACAGGCUCGGGCAGAGCCGGCCCGGCAAGCGAGCACAGCACAGUGCGCAGCAGAGCCAGGGCCACUCCCGCUGUCCCACACUCACUCACUGCUGUGGCCAGCACCACCCCGCUGCCUCCAGCUGCUUCCUGCCUCGCUUAGUCCUUCCAGGUUUUCACGGUUAGCGUGCCGAGACAGCCUGGCCUCUCACAGACUAACUCCACAGGACUGACCUGAAAGGGUUUCAUAAAAGGUGGCCCUCUGGGCUGUGCCACUCUCCCCACUGAAGUCUCAGGGCUUUGGGCAUCCAGGCCCCCCAGGAGGGUGACCCCAGCAGAGCUGGGGUGGGGGGCAACGAGAGCAGCCCUCUCUUGCUGCUCUGAUUCACAUCGUUUCCUGUCAGGAGUGAGGCCUGACCACCAGCCAGAGAAACAAACCAAAGAGGUCCAGAGUCUGAGAAUUCCAGAGACUCCCAGGAACUAACAGAAGUACCGAGAAGGUCCGGUCAAAUGAUGGAGAAUAAAGGGCCUAAAUAUGGGCUCAAAGGCGGUCAAGUCCAGGUGUACAAAACUCAGCAAACAGUGCAGACGGACAACUGACACUCAGCACUGAGCACUACCUGCUGGAUGGGGCUCGCGGCCCGAGUGGGCGUCUGAGGCAAUGGAGCGGCAUCUCGAGGUCCACGUGGUGGGGUGGGGGGGGGGCGCUGUCGUGCUGGCAAAAUGGUUCACCUCCCAGAGGAGCCAAAAGACGCUGCGCCUGGGGCAGUGACCCGCGUUUGAGAUGAAGACUACACAAGCAAGGGGACAUUGUCUUUAAUAAAGUUGGGAUUAAAAAGUCAA